AUGAAACCAAUGUUGGAACGCAAACGCCGUGCCCGCAUCAAUCGGUGCCUGGAUGAGCUCAAAGAACUGAUGGUGGUCGCCCUGCAGUCCGAAGGCGAGAACGUCAGCAAACUGGAAAAGGCUGACAUACUCGAGCUGACUGUCCGGCAUCUGCACAAGCUGCGCCGGCAACAACGGCUUUCCGGCAACCCGGUGACCGAGAUGGACCGAUUCCGCGCAGGUUACACGCGCUGCGCCUCCGAGGUGUCGCGUUGCCUAGCCGCCACGCCCGGCCUAGAUGUCACUUUGGGCGCCAACCUCAUGACCCACCUGGGCCACAGGCUCAACUCGAUCCAACCGACCGGAUCGGCAACAGCCACGGCCACAUCACCAGCCACGCCAUUGACGCUCAACACCGACACAUCGUCGUCCUCGUCAUCGGCGUCCUGUUCGUCUUCAUCGUCGGCGUCGUCGUCCUGUUCGUCACCGCCACCACCCCAGUCGCCGACCGGCAGCACCACCUCCUCGUAUCCGAUGCCACUGACGCCCAACUCGAUGGUCAGCACUGGAUGCAGCGUGGACGGUACUUCCACCGGGCUCCUACAAGUGGUCGACAUGUCCCUGAAAAACGACAACGCCUCCGUGUGGAGACCUUGGUAA